GUCUGGCAGCGCUGAUCUUAUCGAAUAUGUACAAUUCCAUCUCUAGAAAAACUUGCAUAAAAUAAAAAUAAAGAACAAUUGAACAAUCGCAUUUAGAAUGGACUAUGUGCACUCAGUUUGGAGCUACCUGGCCUCGAUCUGCAACUGCUGGCAAUGCACCGAGGAUCCGGUGCAGCCCAACGAGCCGAACGAGCGGACACACCUUCUCGUGGAUCCGGUGAACCAUAGUCCUGCCCUUCGGAGGAGCAACUCCGAUGGCCUCAGCACCGACUACGCGCACUCCCUUCCCAAGAAGGACGAUCAGAACGCACUCUCCAGACUGGUGCAGAAUACUGCGAUAAACAUGAUAAACGUUGGAGCCAUGGACUGCCACAGCCUGGAGCACCAGGAGUACGCCGACAGAAUAAGAUUGUACUCGCAGCGGUUGCAUCAGCAGUGGAACAAUGGCCAGCACGCCAGUAUCGCACCAAAAGGUCUCCUUAAAGACGUUCCAAGCCAUCAGUUCUAUCUGUCUAAGCCAAUCCAUCCAGAUGACACUGCUCAAAUUAAACUCUUCACCGAGAAGGCACACAUCAGUGUCUCGGCCAUACAGAUCGACCACAAAGAGGCCGUGGUUGUUCCCUUCCGGAUUCCCUGAUUAUCGUAUCUUAAGUGAAAUAAAGUGAUAAAUUUAUAUGAAAUCAAAAUCUAUAUUGGUACUAAGUAGCCCUUGAAUAACCAGGUAAUCGACUAAUUUUCAUUAAGUGUACAGAAGCAAAUAAAUACAAACUAUAUUCUUAA